AUCCAUUACAUACAUCAUUUUAUAAUCUACUAUUAAGAAUUUGUCAACUCAGUAAGUAGCUGUAAAAUAUUUUGUGAAAAGUUAUUGGUUUUUCACUCCAAACUGUAACCUGGGCGUUGACUUUUAUGGUUAAUGAAUAAUUGGGUUAUAUAUACAUGAAUCUGGAGGUAAAUUGAUUAGCACCUCCAGUAAUCAUUCAGAAAUGGAAGUUCCUGAUCCUUGGAAAUUCUGUGAUAACAUAGGGGCCUUCGAAAUUCCUGAUCCUUGGAAAUUCUAGAGAGAAGUAGAGAACCCAAAAAAAAAAAAAAAAAAAAAGGAUUUCUAUUUAGUAUCAGAGGUUCAUAUUUUAUCUUCAUUAAUCUGUAUGCUGUAUGUUGCUUCGAAAAAUGAGUACUAUUUUUCUAAUGAUUGGAGUGUUACCGAGAUCAUACGGAUACGAAGCUCCAAAGUUGAGGAAGCUUGCAGACAAGGUUUCAGCUGCUGGAUAUUAUGUGGUAGUUCCUGACUUCAUACGAGAACCCUUUGUGCUCGAAGAUAUUGCUAAUAAUCCUCUAGAAGUUUGGUUGAAGGAUCAUGGAACGGAUAAAGGAUUUGAGGAGGCAAAGCCAAUAAUUGAAACUUUGAAAAGUGAAGGUGCUUCUUCAGUUGGGGCUGCAGGCUUUUGCUGGGGUGGUAAGGUUGUGGUUGAACUUUCAAAAGUUGAACUUAUCCAAGCUGCAGUGAUAUUACAUCCUGCAGGGGUAACAGUGGAUGAUAUCAAGGGUGUAAAGGUUCCCAUUGCAGUACUAGGAGCUGAGAUCGACAACUUUGCUCCACCCGAACUCUUAAAACAAUAUGAUGAGGCCUUAACUUCUCAAUCUAAGGUGGAUUUCUAUGUUAAGAUAUUUCCAAAAGUCAUUCAUGGGUGGACAACUAGGUACGAAGAUGAAGAUGAAGUAGCUGUGAAGUCUGCUGAGGAGGCCCAUCAGAAUCUGUUGGACUGGUUUGCGAAGUAUAUUAAGUGACAAUGUCAAAUUAGCUACUUGUGUGCUACGCCUGGGUUUUAUAUUAUUAUAUGAGUUACAGUGUGUACCUAGUCUAAUAUUGUUCUUUCCAAAUGUUUGAGAGUAUUAAAAUUUCAAGUUACACUUAGUGUAAAUCUAAACAGUGUUACAUCAUCCAAUAACUUGUUAUAGAAUUCAUAUUUUGAAAA